AUUUGUGUACCGAGCGGACAGUAUGUACGAAAAUUAGAGGCGACCUCGGUGUGGCGUCCCUGGAGGCUGGAGGCGGUACUCGGCCUCACCCUUGGCCCGAGGACACGCUGGGAAUGGAGUACAAGUUAGUGGAGUGUGCCCUCGUGGUCCCCUGGAGUCGCCUGACGUGUGGCAGGUGUUUAGCAUGAGAAAUUACCCACACCGCGUUACGUGCACAGUCACUUCCUGCACGCAGGUGUCCAGAACGGCAGCUCAACACACAAAAUGAUAGAGGGUACUUCACCUAUGAUCCAGGCACUCCUGGGUACCCUCUUCACUUGGGGUCUCACAGCAGCUGGGUCUGCUGUAGUUUUUCUUCUAUCAGGAACAAAGAGAAAAGUUUUAGAUGGCAGCUUGGGUUUUGCUGCUGGUGUUAUGACGGCAGCAUCCUUUUGGUCACUGUUGGCCCCUGCCAUAGAACUAGCUGAGACUUCGGGAUCAUAUGGCCAAGAUGGAGAGUGGGCUUUUUUGCCUGUUGCAAUUGGCUUCCUCCUUGGUGCCUUGUUUGUGUAUGCUGCUGAUGUGUUUAUGAGCUUAACUGGGAUUCAAUCACCAAACAUAUCUCUAGCUCUUCAAAGUGACAGGAAGAAAACUGAUGGGGACGGUGUUGCGCCUCACCAACCUUCAUACUAUACCGGAGAACCUUAUGUCAAUGAAGUAGGGCAAGGCUCCACUGCUAAUGCUUUCACUUCUAUCAACUUCAGUAAUGUCAAACAGAGACGAGGAGAGGCGGGGGACAGGAUGCCCGUCGCUGAAGACGAAGAAUGUCAGGAUCAGGAAAAAGAACAUAAAGUUCAACAGUGGCGAAGAAUACUGCUGCUUAUUAUUGCUAUCACAGUGCAUAAUGUUCCAGAGGGGUUAGCAGUUGGUGUUGGCUUUGGUGCUAUUGGUAAAACUCCACUUGCUACAUUCAACAAAGCAAAGAACUUGGCAUUGGGUAUCGGAAUUCAGAACUUUCCUGAGGGUAUGGCAGUUAGUCUUCCAUUGAGAGGAGCGGGCCACUCUGUGUGGUGGGCAUUUUGGUAUGGUCAACUGAGUGGGAUGGUGGAGCCUAUUGCUGGAGUAGUGGGAGCAGCAGCUGUGUCCGUGUGUGAACCAGUGCUGCCAUAUGCUCUGGCCUUUGCUGCCGGGGCCAUGAUAUUUGUUGUUGUUGAUGACAUCAUCCCAGAAGCACAAGUGGGAGGCAAUGGGCGAUUAGCAUCAGCAUGGUGCAUAAUCGGCUUCAUAGUGAUGAUGGCUUUGGAUGUUGCGCUUGGAUAGUUGCGGCAAUGCGGUCCUCAUGUUGUUAGCCUGGUAUUUUUUGUAUAUAAUGAUUUUAUUUUGACUACAGGAAUGUAGCUGACUAGUCUUGAUUGUUAAAAGGUUAAAGGUAUAUUUUUUUUGCCGAGUCCAUUUACUUCAUAAAAACAAAUACUGUAUGUUUACACAAUCGCAUACAUGCUUGUACACAAAUACUAUAUAUACAUACAGGUAUACUAUACACAUGCACAAUGAAAUCAUAAGAACACGAUGAAUCUAGGAAUAACUAUUUAGGCCAUAUGAUGGUCAAACCCAUGCCGUGAGGAGUUUUAAGAGGUGGGGGUUUGAUUCCAUUUUAUAGCCUCUGUAUUUAUUUAUGUUGACAUGUUAACUCUUGCCCCCACACGCACACAUACAUGUGUGCGCCCGCACACACGCACACGCACUUGUGCACGGUUCCUGGGCCCUACUAAUUAAUGUGAUGUGAUGACUCAAUCCCCCAUGGGUUUAGUUUCAAUUAGUGUUUAGGAUUACCCUUCACUACUACAUCGAGGUCGAACUACUAGCCCUCUCAAAGAAGCAACCGCACAACAGUUGACUAACUCCCAGGUGCCUAAUUACUGCUAAGUGAACAAAUGCAUUAGGUGAUAAGAAAUGUGCGCCACCAUGUCUGUCUUUGCCGAGAUUCAAAUAGGUUUUAAAACCUAUGUUAUUGGCUACAUUUAAAGCUUUACUUGAAUGAAAUCAGUCAACUCUUCAAGAUUUUUUGUUGUACAGUAGUGGCAAGAAAACCUUUCAAUAAUGGUGAGGUGCCAACUAGUAUAUUAUUUUGUGUAUAUAAUUUUUUUUUCAUGAAAACAUAAAACAUAAUCAGAUUAACUAAAUAAAAGUAAUUGCAAAGUAUUUACAAAGUAAGAUAUAUUAAAAUGGAUAUUGUUGAGGAUUUUUGACCCUGCAUUUUUUAUGGGAAAAUUCAAAUCUCAUGACCCCAUUUUGUAGGGUGUUACUACCUCGAGCCCUUACGUUUCAUGUAACAUUGCCAAAAUUCACACAAUAUCAUACACAAAUGAGGUGGCUUUAGGUUUUUUUAGCAUAAUUUUUUUCUCUAAUAAUAUUGUACAAAUUUGUCUAGUCUUAAUGAUUCUAUAGAAAUUAGUUUGGAGUAAUAUUUAUAACCUAGCAUCUUUGUUUUAUGAAUAGACAUUAUUGUUGUCUACCUACCUUGUGGAGGUUCCGGGGAUCAAUAGCCUCGAGGCUUGGUCUCCGACCAGGCCUCCUGUUGUUUAUAAUUUAUUACUGUAUUACUAAUUAUUAUUAAUACAAGGUAUUAUUAUUUUUAUUUUAUUAUUUUAAACUUUUAAGUAGUUGCACUUAUGUUUUGAGGCUAAAUUUCAAAGAAAUAUAAAUCUUAAAAUGUCUUGCUGUGUAAGAGUAAAGUUGACUUGGGGCCACCUCAAUCUCCUGUGGUACAUUAAACUUUCUACCUUCACACCAAGAAAGUAUUGCCAGUUAGUGUAGUUCACUUAAUGCAGAACAUGGAUUGAAAUAUAAAUACUGUGUUAAUAAAUUCUGAGGUUGGCAAGUCGUUACUUGGAUCAGAUCAACUUGAAUGGGUUGCCCCCAGGAGCCGGUGCUUACACUCCCCUACUGGUACACAUGUACAUAUUGCUACUGGUAUACACUGUAUAGUUACACACACACACACACGUGCAGCCAUGUAAUAUGGGAUCAGAUAACUAUAGUAACAUUGUAUGAGAAAUAGGUUAAUAAUUAUUGCAUUCCAUUUAUUUUUUUUUUAAACAACAGUGUACAAGUUGCUUUAUUUUUGUUGUGGUCACUAAUGCAAAUGUGAUAAGGUAGAUGGCUUGAGUAAAGAAACUAGCAGUUUCAUGAAGUCUGUGAAAUUAUGGUACAGUAGUCAACUGUACACAGAACCUGCUCGUACACUUAUGUAUGCAUUACUUCUUUUUCUUUUGAAUAAAUUUGUAUUUAAUUUCUCAGGAUACAUUUUUUUAAACUGGUCAAAAAAAAUUGUAAAAUAUACUUGUUCAGUGCAGUUUAUUGAGUUAUAUGCGUGAAUGAAUAUUCUUGUUAGAGCAGAAUUGGUAACAAGACUUUUUUUUCAAAUAAUAAUGGUUCACAAAAAUAAUAGAAACAAGCCAGUUUGGUGUAUGAUUCUUAUACUAUAAGGAGGGUUAUUUAUUGUUUAUUACAUAUAACAAUCCUAUGGAUUAUGAAAUUGAAACCAGGUUAUGAAUCUUAAAAUAGAUUUAGGUGAUGUAUAUGUAUGUGCCAUCAACACACACUACUGUUGUUUUUCUGGUAGUCAAUUGCUCCUGCCACUUCUUCAUUCCAGCAAGCCGUUCUUUCAUUCUUUUUACCACUUUAUGCAACUGCGCACACUUUCGUACCUAUCUUGACCAGACAUUCCUUCUAUACAUCCUACUGAGGUUGAUUUGUUGAUGGUCAUCUUCUCCGCUUAAACUUGGCUUCCACAGCAUAAACGUGUGAUGAAACAAACCUCCAGAUUUUCUGCCUUGUAACACACACAUUAUUAAGCAUACUGUACAGUACUUCCAUCAGCAAAUAGUCAAUUAAAUUUUUUUGUAUUUUCUCUAUCAUGUAGACUAUGUACAGUAUAUCCUUUUCUUUAUAGAGUAUGUAUUAGUAAUACCAAUCUCAUUAUAUAAAUCUUUUAAUCUUCAGUUAUUGUCACUUAUUCCUGGGACACCAUUUCCACAGAUGUUAUUUGCAGGGCCUGUUCCAAAUUCAUCAUUUAGAUCGCCCAUUACAAAUAUUCUUUAACUCGUAGGAAUCUUCCCUAUCGCAUUCUCUAACCCAAACUAAAUAAAAAAUUUAAUGUUUGCUUUCAUCGUCACGUGCUGCAAAUGCAGCCAUACUGUAAUUGCUAAUAUUUUCAAACUUAGAGUAUCACACAACACACACAUGACCACUUGGAAAAUGAUAUGGAGAGUGUAUAAGGAUUUAGGAACUAUGUAUAGGUUUCCUAAUGCAGUAUAUGAGCUAUUGUUAUUAAAUUUAAUUUGAUUUUAAUACAUCACAAUUUAUAUGAAA